AGGACAGACUGGACUUGUUUCUGGAAGGCAAAACGAAUACAACUGACAGGAAAGGGCCUUGUGGUCAUUUUUAAUGAAGCUGAUAAUUGUGGUUACAGCUAAGCCUGAGUUCAAGGAGGAAGUUAAGUUUUCAUCGACUCCAUCUUCAUUUUGUAUGCAGAGCCUCAGAGGAGAAGGGCUGAACUGGCUUCUGUCUGAAAGACAAAAUGAAUGCAUCCAACUGCACUUCACCCAAUAUAGCAUUAUUUGAACAUAUACUCCUCCCUUGUCUUUACAUUUUGGUAUUUCUUGUUGGAUUGGUCCUGAAUGUGUGGGGAAUGAAGUCUUUGCUGCAUAACUGGAACAAACUUCAGAGUAUUAACAUUCUUGUUCUUAACCUUGGACUAGCAGACAUGUUGAAUCUCCUCACUCACCCCUUUCUCGUCGUGUACUACUUUAAAAAGACUGAAUGGAUCUUUGGGGAAGGAUUCUGCUUGGUAACAAGAUUCUGCUUCAACUUGAAUUUAUACUGCAGUAUUGGAUUCCUUACUUGUAUAAGUGUGUACCGGUACCUGGCUGUUGUCUACCCAAUCAGAACGGUGGGGAAGUUCACUAUUACUCACUCUGUUGUCAUCUCAGUCCUGAUUUGGAUUCUGGCAAGUGUUGAAAGUUUUCCAGACAUUUUAUACCCCAAACAUCCAGAGAAAAACACUACACGAUGUUUUGAAACAACUGAUUCAAAACACGUUACGGAAUACCUGAACUACAGCCUCAGCUGGUCAUUCUUUGGAUUCUGUAUCCCUUUCGUUGUGAUUUUGGGCUGCUAUGGACACAUGAUUGUUGUUGUCUGCCACUCAGAUACAAUGAACAGGGACCGGAAACGACAAAUCUUAAAACUGCUGGGUUUUUUGAUUCUUCUCUUCUCAUUUUGUUAUGCACCCUACCAUGUUUUCAAGAACCUCAGCCUGUAUUCCAGAGUUCUGAUUAGUCAGGGAACGUGCCCCAAAUGGGACUCUGGAGUCUUCAAUGCCCGUCAGGCAAGCCGUGGUCUUGUGAGUCUGAACAGUGCUCUCAACCCGCUGGUUUACCUGUAUGUAUAUGAGGAAAUGGUCGAUCAGUUCGUACAACUGCUGCAGAGUUGUCGACAGAUUUUCAGCCGCUGUUUCAAGCUGAAAUCCAGCUUUGUGUCUGUACCAAAGACUGAGCAAGAAGCUGAAAGUGCUGUAUGACAUACAGCAAGUAGUUUUUUGUUAAACUUACCAUGUCAUGAAUUAAAUAGUUGUUCAAUUCUGCACGUUUUGUAUUCUUCUAACCUGUUGACCAUUGUUGCCACAUACUAAAAAAAAAUCAUAAUUAAGUUCUAAAUCAAACUACUAGUGUCAUUGUUUUCACUGCUUUUUUGGAAUAAUGAAUAAAUAUGUGAGGAUGGUGAAAUCCAGUUCAAUAUACAGUCUAUUUUUACCCAUUUGAAUUUAUUUUAAUUUUUUGUUUUCAUCUUCACACAAUCAAAAUUAUGAAUGCAGUUGUUUGAAAAAGUAUUUCUCCCUUUGCAUGUUUCUUAUGUUACUUCUUUUUGUCAUCAAUCUUUGAUUUUUGAUCACGACAAUCGGCAAGAUUUUUCCAAGUUUUAGCUCGACCUGGGUGUUUUCUUUGAGAGAAAAGAAUUCUGUCUUGCAACCCAACUUUUUUGGAAUAAUAUGAAUGAAAUAGGAGAUUUUGUUGCUUAAACACAACCAGCAGUUUCAGAAAUGUCUUCUGAGCCUCUUGUCAUCCUCAGUCACCAGUUUGACUGAUUUUAGGACUCUUGUCAACUUGUGCAAUAUCUGCGUCAGCACCCACUGUGCUGCGCAUGUUGCCUGAAGGAAGCCAGCAAGAAUACAUUAUUCAAACUAUUAAAGCUAGUUAGGCUAAUAAAAUGAUUUAUAGCUCACAGCUAGCACAGAUCACUACUCUUCACACAACAUGGAGAAACAUUUUUGUUUCUCCAAAAAUGUUUGCAUAAUUUGUCUUUUCCUUCAUUGUGCCUUGGAGUAAAACAUUUUUUUGCAUAAGUUCACACCAUCAUGACUGACACCUUUAUGCAACAGAGUUUUUUUAAUCCAUUGUAACCUUUUUCACAGACAUCUUUAUCUUUUUUUCAUCUCUAGAUGUGCUUAGAAAAUGACAAUAAAUCAUGUUCUGGAAGGAAUGAAAAGCCAACAGACAG